ACCACACGUCACAUUUGUCCCCUGUUGGUUAGCAGUGAAGCUAGAGUAUCAGUCGCUUAUUUUAUAACUUACUUACUUUAAUUAAAAAACAAGAAUGGAGAUUGGUACGGAGAUAAGCAAGAAAAUAAGAGCGGCUAUCAAGGGCAAGCUUCAGGAGCUCGGUGCAUAUAUUGACGAAGAGCUUCCUGACUAUAUUAUGGUGAUGGUUGCGAACAAGAAAACCUCUCAACAGAUGUCUGACGAUCUCUCCCUUUUCCUUGGACACAACACUUUUAAAUUCACAGUGUGGCUACAGGGUGUCCUUGAGAAGUUAAGAACAGUUGCAGUCGAGCCCGCAUCCCUAAGUAGAAAUGAGCUCCAGUCCGACGGUGAUACUGUGGCUGGGAAGAACCGGGCAUCUGUAAGCGAGGACGGCAGAGAGGAGGAGUUGAAGGUGCUGACGGUGUCCAGCUCGCGCUCUGAUAGGACUGAAGCACGCGUGUCCAGUUCCGCUCAUGAAAGCAGGAGAGGCAGCUUGGAGAAGAGUUCCUCUCGACUUACCUCCACGGUUAAGCCCCUCAUGGAGCCGCUCCCCUUGGAUGCCGUUAUCGACAUCAAGCCAGAGAUGGACGAUGACCUCAUCGCCGAGGAUCCUGUAGAAAUAGCCACCAACCAUGGUCGAACACGCGGCGCAGCUAGUAGACCCACAGCUGAAAUCUACAGACCGGGUCAGAGCAAGUUUUCAUCGUUAAGCUCUGCAGAAACAUAUCGACCAUCGGAAGGAUCCUCUCACUCCAGGCAGCAGGACAGCAGAAGCAGCAGAACCUCCAGAACCGGAUCCAGCAGGCAGCAGCAGCAGGAGGAGCUGUCACGGAAGCGUAAGGCGCCGGUAGCGAGUUCGGUGGUGCGAGUGAACCGAGCAGCAGACGUGGACAGCGAUGACGUGGAAGAGGAGGAUACAGGCUAUGGAGGCCGAGGCCCUUCCAGUCGAGUGUCCCUACCCUCCAAACCAGAACGCAAGCCUACUCUCCCUCCAGCCAAGCAAGCCAACAGGAAUCUGAUACUGAAGGCCAUCUCUGAGGCUCAAGACUCCAUUACCAAAACUACAACCUACCCCAAAAUGCCACAGAGGCAGACUGUUCCUGUUGCACCUCGUACUCGUAUGGCCAGCAGUGAGGAGAUGACUGCAGCCAUCCAGCUGGUCCAGGAGCACCUCCACAGCCUGACCCCCAGGGUUCAGACCUACACCUCUGCAGAGCUACCUCCUUCCAGAGCCCCCGCUCCAGUGAGAUCUUUAGCUUCUCGCCUCCAGUUGGGCUUAGCAGAGAGCAAUGAAAGAAGAGAGCAGCGUGACUAUGUUGCUGAGGUCGCUGAAGGCAGCGAUGCAAAACCAUUUGAUACCCGCUCCUUCAUAGUGAGCCGGCCGCAGCUGGGAGAAUCCACAACUAGAAUCCAGCAUCCACCUCCGGUCAAAGGGGAAGUCCAGUCUGCUAUACCACGCACUGUCCAGGCCAGUAAGGAGAAGGGUGACUCUGCAAGCCCCAAGUUCAUAGUGACAUUAGACGGGGUACCGAGCCCGCUGGGGAAUCUCGCAGACGGUGAGAUGGACUGGGAUAGCGUGAGACCGGUCUCAAAGGCCACCGAUGCGACUGUCCCCGUCAACAGGGGGUCCAAAGUCAGCAUCCUCCACAGACUGCAGGGGAGAGUCACACCAUCAGAAGAUGACAUGAUGGACGUUGAGAUGGGGGAAGAGGGUGCCGUCUCUUUAAAGAAGCAGAAGGUGAUGGAGCGCUGCAGGUUCUGGCCGGUCUGUAAAAGUGGAGACGAGUGUUUGUACCAUCACCCUACGACACAGUGCAAGACUUUUCCCACUUGCAAGUUUGGGGAUAAAUGCCUUUUUGUGCAUCCCAAUUGUAAAUACGACGCCAGGUGCACCAAGCCGGACUGUCCCUUCACUCAUGUGAGCCGAAGAAGCACAGCUGCUGCUCCUCCGCCCAGGCCAGCCGUGCAGCCAGUGCAAACCACCAGUGUGUGCCGCUUCUUCCCAGAGUGCAAGAAGAUGGACUGUCCAUUUUAUCAUCCCAAGCCUUGUCGCUUCGCGGCGCAGUGCAAACGAGCUGGAUGUACCUUCUACCACCCGACCACAGCUGUGCCUCCGAGACACGCCCUGAAGUGGACAAAGACGCAGAGCAGCUAAUAAAGUCCAGGGAGUCUGACGGAAGUCUGAUGAUGAAGCUUUGGAAAAUGUCCGAUCUGUGUUUAUUGGUUUUCAUUCUUUUCAUUCUUCAACGGUUUCAUUUCAUUUUAAUGUACUCUUUGGGUUUAUUUUUAAAAGAAUUGUUUUGUAAGAUGAAAAGGUUUUUGCUGUCUCAGAAUAUUAAAUUACUCCACAGUGAACUUUAAA